CCUGCUGCUACCGCCACGAUGUUGAUGCCUAAGAAGAACCGCAUUGCCAUUUACAAGCUCCUUUUUAAGGAGGGAGUGAUGGUAGCCAAGAAGGAUGUUCACAUGCCAAAGCACCCAGAGCUGGCAGACAAGAAUGUGCCCAACCUUCACGUCAUGAAAGCAAUGCAGUCGCUGAAAUCUCGUGGCUAUGUCAAGGAGCAGUUUGCAUGGAGACAUUUCUACUGGUAUCUGACCAAUGAAGGCAUCCAGUACCUGCGGGAUUAUCUCCACCUGCCGCCUGAAAUUGUGCCUGCCACCUUACGUCACAGCCGUCCUGAAACUGGCAGACCACGGCCCAAAGGAUUGGAGGGUGAACGUCCUGCUCGCCUUACCCGUGGCGAAGCUGACCGGGACACAUACAGAUGCAGUGCUGCUCCUCUUGGUGCUGACAAGAAAGCUGAAGCUGGUGCUGGGGCAGCUACUGAAUUCCAGUUUAGAGGUGCAUUUGGGCGUGGACGUGGUCAGUCGCCUCAGCAGAAAUCUGCUGCUGUUGGUGUGUCUUGUGUAUAAUAAAUAAUUGUCAGUUUCAAAAAAAAAAAAA